CAACUCUGCAGCCAGCUGUUUAAAAACUUUGCAAAUUAUUUCUGAAACAAAAGCUUGGAAAAUUAAUUUUUAAGUAAAACUACAUUCAAUUUAAAAUAACGACCUAUGAGCUUGCUUUGCCAGCGUCUUGGUGCAUCCUUUAGGCCCAUUUCCCGCAUUUUCCAUCCACUCGUAAUUCCAGAAAUUAAACAGAAACCAGUGUCACCUUUGGAAACCAAGCGAUUUUACACCGGUAAUAAGAUGGACUUAAAGUAUCUUAACCAAAAAGAGGCCAUCGACGUGGACCAGGAGCUCUUCAAUGAGUACAAGUUCAGUGUGGAUCAACUGAUGGAACUGGCGGGACUGAGUUGUGCCCACGCUGUGGCCAAAUGUUUCCCGGCAGAGAAGCAUCCUCGGAUUCUGGUUUGUUGUGGUCCAGGAAACAAUGGAGGUGAUGGCUUGGUGGCCGCUAGGCACCUUUCCCUGAUGGGCUAUACACCAACCAUAUACUAUCCCAAGCCCACACCGAAGCCCCUUUUCGAGAAUCUCAGCCACCAAUGCCAAAUGAUGGAGAUUCUCAGUGUCAAAGAGUGUCCCUCGGUGGAGAGUGCAUCCUGUGACUACGACCUUAUUGUGGACGCCCUUUUUGGUUUCAGUUUCAAGCCACCCGUUCGAGCGGACUUCGUCGCCGUUGUGGAACUUAUGCAGCAAACCAAACUGCCAAUUGCAAGCGUGGAUAUUCCAAGCGGCUGGGACGUGGAGAAGGGAAAAGUGACUGAAUGCGAUCUGGAACCAGCUCUGCUUAUAUCUCUGACUGCCCCGAAACUGUGUGCCCGUCACUUUCGUGGGGAACAUCACUACCUGGGCGGCAGAUUCGUACCUCCCGCCCUGCAGCGUAAAUAUGGACUGAAUCUGCCCUUGUAUCCGGGCAACGAGCUGUGCGUCAAGCUGUGAUUUAUACAUUUAUACGAUUUCCAAAUAAAAAAUGGAAUUCUAAGCUACA